UAGGGUUCCUAGUGUUAUAGCAGAGUUCCGUCGCUUUUUCAAGCUUUUCGGUAAAUCGAUCGUGUGCCUGAAUCGAAGACUCCGGCUUGACGAUGAAGCGGUUCCAGCUUCAGAUUUCGUCACGACACAGAGACAGGGUAGUGUUCUAGUUAUGUCGGUAACCUCCAUCGCGGUGCCAUUGAUACAUUCAGAUUCAAUUCUCUUGAGUUGCCGUGAUUUUGGUCCUUACGUAUGAUGGCCAGGCCGUCCGGUGACGGCGGAGUUACAAAAAUGACGUACGAAGCCUUCAUCGCCGCCAGAACGGGAAAAAUAGAAGUCGACCAGAGCCUGUCAGUCAAGGUUUACUAUCGCAUGGCGAACAAUCUCCUCAAGCAGGCUAGUGUGUAUCGUGACGAGAAAAAUAAUUUGGAUUUGUUCAUACUCCUCCUCCGGUACACAAGAUAUUUGCAUGUUUUGCAGUUUAUUAACAGACACUAUACCAUGUCAUCGGGACUAUCACUUCCAUCCGGAGUACAAGGUGGAGUACAGAAAGGUAGAAAGCGCUACAGAUGCUGUAUUCAUUUAGGAACUUCCUCAUGUCUCAGAAGCUUGAUCAACAAACAAAUUAUUGAAUUCUCUGUGGUGCAUCAAAGGUUAAAUCAAAUUAUAAAUGAGCUUGAAGCCUUGAAACCGGAAGUUAGGGAUCAAAUCGAGCAUAUGGAAUUUGCUCAUCAGAAUGCUGGAUUUGCUGUACAGAAUUCAGCAAACACUCGUAUUUCUCGCUCUACCAGCGUAAGGAAUCAAUAUUAUUACAAUACUGACAUGCACAAGGAUUAUGGACUUAGUGUUUCCUCAAGUAGGAGGGAAUAUUUGAACAGACCUUCGAAUACCGAGAGUCCAGUUUUCAAUCCAAGUUAUCUGAAUGACUUCAAUAGCACGUCUCUGUCCAUACCACAAGCAGCUGAUGACACCCUUGCUAGACAUUCUGUUCUUGGAUCUGCUGGGCAAUCAAUCAGAAGAUCAUCCGUCAGGCUUUCUAAGGUCCAGUAUCCAAGUCACAUUGAUGCAACACCUACUGAACUUCCAAGCUUGCAGAAGACUUUACAGUCUGCAAAACUGUCGGCAGGGAUCCAUUCUUUGGACUCAUCGUUGGAAGCUGCUUCUUCUAUUUGGCCCAAGUCAGAAACAUUAUUCACGACGGAUCCAAACUUGCUCAGUUUACUUCGACAGCCUUCACUGCCUUCAGGGAGAGCCGCUGUUCGGACCCUGCCUAUGGUUGGACAUUCUAAUGUUCAGCUACGACCUUCGCAAGUUGCAGACCCAAGACCUGGCCCACCCCGAAAUUCAGUGUCAGAUUUUUCGGUUACAAAAAGGCGUAAAAAUCUGCAUAUAUCAUCGAGGAUGUUAGAGGAGUUUCUAAGGCUUGCGGAUUGCAACACGAAAAAUAACCUUGAAACCUGUGGAGUUCUCACUGGUUUUUUGAAAAGGGGCGUCCUCCACAUUACGACUCUCAUCAUCCCCAAACAAAAAUCAACACCAGAUACUUGUGAGACUCUCAAUGAAGAAGAAUUAUUUGACAUACAAGAGCAGCGGGGACUCUUCCAGCUUGGAUGGAUACACACACAUCCUAAACAAUCGUGUUUCAUGUCCUCCGUUGAUCUGCACACUCACUACUCAUAUCAGAUUAUGCUGCCAGAAGCUAUAGCUGUUGUAAUGGCUCCUACAGAUACUCGUCGUAAGUGUGGCAUAUUUCGCCUUUCCGAUCCAGGAGUUCAGGUAUUACAAAAUUGUAAGGGACGUGGUUUUCAUCAACAUGAAGAACCACUUGAAGGGGGUCCAAUUUAUGAAGAUUCUUCUCAUGUAUACUGGGUUAAUAAUGUAAAAUAUGACAUAGUUGAUCUUCGGUAGUAGGCCCUUGUGGUCGCUCCAUAUCAUCAGAAUGGUGUUAUUUACUUCAAACCCCAAAACAGCAGGGGUGGUACCAUUAUUACAUGAGAUAUUAUACAGUAGUCACUCAAGCGACACUGAUGUCGUUUAGCGUCAGGUAGGGUCUUUAACAAAUUUCAUUUUCAUUUCAUGUGAAUACAGGAUAGUGGCGCAAAAGUUCCCCGCUUGGUAGUGUCCAUGUGUGCUAUAAAUAAAUGAUUUAGUGUGGUUUGAGUCUAAAAAAGCGAAAUCUAUGAGAGUUUUUUCUCUAGUCUUCUCUUCUCCCUCGACCGUGAACUUGCGUUUGCGAUCAACUUUAAGUGACUUUUUUCUUACUCGUUCCUCAGUGAACCUAGGAAAGGUUGUAUUGGACAGAUGUGUUCUCCGAGGCCUCAUCAAAAUAUCAAAUAUCAGCUGCUAAGGUCUAAAUUCCAGGAGGUAGUGGGCAGCAUCUUAGCAACUUCGAACGUCAAAAUACCGAGCAUGAUCUGUAUUCAAAGAGGAAUUCAACGAAGAUCACCUGAAAUUGGAUUGUUUUUCUGCUGCUGCCAAUGUCAGGAUGGCUACUGAAUUCGACUGGGCGCAAGACCACUUUCCAUCUGGUAUGAGCUCAUCGCAGCAGUGAACAUAAUUGCAGUCCACAUAACACGGCAUACAUGAUCUUAGACAUCUGGAACGAUCACUUUGGGACGAUGAAUCAAAAUGCGCCAACAUCAUUCCGCCGGCUAAUGCAGAAUCCAGAUGUGUAUGUUACAGUUGUGUUGUAGAAGUCAAGUCAACAAAAUUCUAUUACACAGUGAUUUGUUAACCUUCGUCUUCAUCUGGUUAUAUCUUUCGAUUUGUGAUUCGAGCUGGUGAAGUUGUCUGUGCAGUCAUCCGCAAAAACGACAUUUUAAAGAGAUUAACAUGAAGUGGAAGUUGACCAUGAUAA